AAAUGCAGAAAAUUUUAUUUAAAAACAUACCAAAACAUCCCGAAACAAGAACGAAAUCAAAGAAAUAUCUUUUAUAAAGAAAUGGCGUUGUAUACAUCGUGUUUACUGCAAAUUUCUUUUGUCUCCUUAUUGGCAUAUAUAUUUGGUGGAUAUUAUAUUGUAGAGGGCAGACUCUAUCAAAUGAUCAUGAAUAAAAAUAUUACUGGAUUAAAACACCUGGAGAAGCACUAUUUGCUGGCUGAAUGUAACAAGAAAUGUAAUCAGAAUAACAACUGUGACUGCUUCUAUUAUCAACAGUUUAAUGAUUCAUGCAGUUUAUUGAAUUCAAAUGACUGUACUAACAUACUGAAUUCUACAUUACCGGGGAUAAAUGAUGCCUCGACCAUACUGGCAAUUUUUCGAGAUCGGAAUAGCAAAAUAAAGAGAAGCAAUGAUUACCAAAAAAUCAGCAACAGUGUGAAAAAUCCAAAUAUUAUGUUCAGGACUUGGAAUCAUUGGUAUUGUGAAAAUUUAUGUUCUUGGAGUCUGAACUGCUGUGGUUAUUUUUAUAAGUAUGGCGGGUGUCAAUUACUUAUCAUGAAUGAUUGUUACAACUCGCCAAAAGUCCUCCUUUCCGAUGGAAACUUUAUUGAUCUACGUACACCCAUAAAAUGGAUUGGAGCCUAUGAAAUAAUUCUAAAUAAAAAUAUAACUGGACUAAAACACGUACGAAAAGUGAAACUGUUCAAGGAAUGUGUGAAUGCAUGUGGAAGCACGAGAAACUGUGCCUGCUUAUAUUACCGACGGUCUAAUACUUCAUGUAGUUUUUUUGAUUCAAAUGACUGUAAUAGAAUUUCACAUCAUACAUUACCGGAGACAAAUGGUACCUCUACCGUACUGAUGGUUCUUCAAAAUGGAAAUGGCAAAAUAAAGAGAAGCAAUGAUUACCAAAGAAUCAGCAACAGUGUGAGACAUCCAAAUUUUACCUUCCGUGCUUGGGAUCAUUGGUAUUGUGAAAAUUUAUGUUCUUGGAGUCUGAACUGCUGUGGUUAUUCUUAUAAGUAUGGCAGGUGUCAAUUACUUGUCAUGAAUGAUUGUUACAAAUCCACAAAAAUCCUCCUCUCCGACGGAAACUUUAUUCAUCUAAUUACACCCAUAAAAUGGUCAUCUGCUGUAACUGAUGAUGGUGUGACACCUGGUGAUUUAACUGGAACCAGGGAAAUAAGAAAUACCAAUAGCGUAACUGAAAUACACACUAAACCACAAACGAGUUCAACAAGAGAAACCAGUUCCACAACAAAAACCAGUUCCACAACCAAAAACAGUUCUACAAGAGGAACCAGUGACAAAAUAAAAACCACUGCAAUAACACAAGCUUCUUUAGUGACGUCCAAAGCACCCAUGUGUUCUUGUGCUUGUGAACAUGUGACACAACAGCCUCUCACCGAGAAGGAUUUGGAAAUUCUUAAGGAUAAGUUAAAAAACGAGCUUGCCGUGGAUAAAAAGAAACUGUCCCAAACAAUUCGAGCCAAAACCAGUGCUCCUGACGAACGACGAUCGGCUCAAAGUAUAGGAUUUAUUGGUGUGAUAUUCCUAUCUGCUGUACCUAUCUUCAUCCUUAUUAUAGACUUCCCUCAACUCUAUGCAGGCAUGAAAACUUUUUGCAGGAAUGUUUCUAGUUUGUGUUCCGACAGAACGUCACAUUAGACUUCUAGGAGCAAUGAUGAAUUAUUGCACGAUGUAUUUGGUAUAUACAUACCUACAUAACAUGUACUUAUGUAUAUGUGUAUGUAUAAAUGUAUAUACGUAUGUAUGCAUCGUGUAUAUAUAAACCAUUAUGGACAUACUUAUAAAUAUUUUGUGUACGUAUGUAUGACUGCAAGUAUGUAAGUAUACACAUGUAUAUAUGCAUGCAUGCAUAUAUAUAUGUAUAUAUGUACAAAAAUAUGCUUAAUUGUAAAUAUAUAUCUAACCAUGUUUCAAUUUAUGCUCGUAUGCAUGUGUGCAUACAACAAUGUAUGUACAUACGGAGUUAUAUACUCCGACCCAACCCACAACCCGACACCUCCACACUCGUUCGUCUGGCCGAACUUGUCCUUUCACGCCCAAACCCGCCCUGCCGUCUCCCGCCCUGCCGUCUCCCGCC